GAAGCCACCGAAGAAUCUAGAACGGAGCAGCCAGGCGGCCAGGCCACGCAGGCCACAAGGAGAAGAAAAGAGGAAGGAAUAUUCUUCGCGUCGAUAGAAAGAGAGAGAAGGCGGCAGGAAGAGUAGGAGGCGUCGGCCGAUCUGCUGCGGAGAGGGAGAGGAGGAGGAGUAGAUCGCGGGCGAGGAGAGCAGAGAUGUUCCUGGUGGACUGGUUCUACGGGGUGCUGGCGUCGCUGGGGCUGUGGCAGAAGGAGGCCAAGAUCCUCUUCCUCGGCCUCGACAACGCCGGCAAGACCACCCUCCUCCACAUGCUCAAGGAUGAGCGGCUCGUACAGCACCAGCCGACGCAGUACCCCACGUCGGAGGAGCUGAGCAUCGGCAAGAUCAAGUUCAAGGCCUUCGACCUCGGCGGCCACCAGAUCGCCCGUCGCGUCUGGAAGGACUACUACGCCAAGGUUGAUGCUGUUGUGUACUUGGUGGAUGCUGUUGACAAGGAGCGGUUUGCCGAGUCAAAGAAGGAGCUUGACGCUCUUCUUGCAGAUGACUCACUUGCGAACGUUCCUUUCCUCAUACUCGGCAACAAGAUUGACAUCCCGUACGCAGCUUCAGAGGAGGAGCUGCGGUACUACCUCGGGCUGAGCAACUUCACAACUGGAAAGGGCAACGUGAACCUGUCCGACUCCAAUGUCCGCCCCCUGGAGAUCUUCAUGUGCAGCGUGGUGCGCAAGAUGGGGUACGGCGAGGGCUUCAAAUGGAUGUCCCAGUACAUCAAGUGAAACGCCGCGCACCUCCUCUUUCCAUAGCACUGCUGGUGUUGUUCUCGCAGGCAGUUGGAAUCAGGUCUGGGCCGUCACUACGGAGAAAUCCGCAGCUGUAUGAAAAAGUUUAUGGUAGUUAGUGAUAGGGAAAACCUGUAAUUUGGUGUUAAUCCUAGAUAUGCGAUGCGUCUAUUUUCUUUUCUGAUUGUUUGUGGGUAAUGGUCUGAAGUCUUAUAACAGUCGAAAAAGCAGUUGCUGGAAUCCCUUCGAGGCAGCGAGAAGCAUUCCAGCUUAUGUAAUCACGUUACUCCAAUCAGUGAAAUGUUUGCUAGCAAACUCU